GCUCCCGCGCGCCCCGCCCGCGGACGGAAGCGAGAGCGAGGCUGAACGCCUGACGUCAAGGCGACACCGCCAAACCUCGCCCAGAGUCAGGCGUGUAAACCAGCCGGAGCGGCGGCGGCGGCAGCGGCAGCAGCAGGACCGCCGUGGCGCCGGGAGCAGCGACCCGGAGGGAACGCGAGGCGACGCUGGCUGCGGCGACCCGGUGACAGCGUGAGAGGUACUAGCUUUUACAAGUUUGCACCAUGCGUGAGUAUAAGCUAGUCGUUCUUGGCUCAGGAGGCGUUGGAAAAUCUGCUCUGACCGUACAAUUUGUUCAAGGAAUUUUUGUUGAAAAAUAUGAUCCUACGAUAGAAGAUUCUUAUAGAAAGCAAGUUGAAGUAGAUGCGCAACAGUGUAUGCUUGAAAUCUUGGAUACUGCAGGAACGGAACAAUUUACAGCAAUGAGGGACUUGUACAUGAAAAAUGGACAAGGCUUUGCAUUAGUUUAUUCCAUCACAGCACAGUCCACAUUUAAUGAUUUACAAGAUCUGAGAGAACAGAUUCUUCGAGUUAAAGACACUGAUGAUGUUCCAAUGAUCCUGGUUGGUAAUAAGUGUGACUUGGAAGAUGAAAGAGUUGUAGGAAAGGAACAAGGUCAAAAUCUAGCAAGACAAUGGAACAACUGUGCAUUCUUAGAAUCCUCUGCAAAAUCAAAAAUAAAUGUUAAUGAGAUCUUUUAUGACUUAGUGCGACAAAUUAACAGAAAAACUCCAGUGCCUGGGAAGGCCCGCAAAAAGUCAUCAUGUCAACUGCUUUAAUAUACUAAAUUCAUUGUAGCUCUGAGCCAGGUCUGAAGAACUGUUGCCCAAUUCAACAGUGCCAGCAUUCCAACUUUGUUAAACCUACCAACAUCUUAAAUGGACUUUCUGUGGUGGUACCCUUUAAGAGGCGGAUGAAAGCUACUACAUCAGUUUGCACAUUCUAAUCACUUUCCAGUAUCACAAGAGAGAUUUUUACUUAUAUAAUAGUCCUAGAGUAUGCAGCUGGUAAAACCAGAGGCUACAAUCCAGUAUUACUGCUAAGAGACAUUUUUCAUCCACCAAUGUUGUACAUGUAUGAAAAUGGUGUACUGUAUACUUUAACACGCCCCAUACUUUGUAUUGGAGAGUACAAUAAUGUAAAUCCUAAAAGCACCACUAUUUUAGCAUAAUAAAAGAAAGUCCAAAGAGCUCCUAUAUAGACUACUCCAGAUAACUUCGCUUCUUUGAUACUUGUAGCUUAUUGUAAUUUUUUUUAAGAAAUUCAAGGUCAUUAUCAUUGUAUUGUACAAAUAAGCGCUUUGAUUAACACAGCUAUAUAGUUUUUUUAAUUUUUAAAAAACCUGUGGAGACAGUGAUCUUGUCUUUAAAAUAUGAUAGUCCUUUCAGUAUAAUGUCUUAGAUUAAAGACGUUGCCUUUAAUAUCUGUUGGGAAGGAAAUGUCCAGACUUUUCAAAUCUCUUAUUAUAUGUUUCCUUUUUGUUUACAUAGGGAACAAUGUUUAUAGUUGUGUGUACAGUGGGGGUCUACAACAAGAAGUGUAUAUUUUCAAACAAUUUUUUAAUGAUUUAACAAUUUUUGUAAAUCAUUUUCAGGCUUCUGCAGCUGUAGAUUCUCACUGUGAAUCCCUUGCUUGCUCAUGCAUAAGUGUAUUUGCAAUACCAAAUAUACAGGUUUAGUAUUUUUGCCUGUUAGUGAUUGUUUCACAUGUGUAACGUUUUGGUUGAGAUGUUAAAUGGUGGACGAGUACUGUGGAUGUGAAUGUGGGAAGUAAUUUUAAUCAUGUGUAAUUGGUCACAAGGCCUAAGUUGCAGUAACUAUUGCUGUUUUAUUUAACAAUGCCUUGUUGCUUCGUAUGCAUUAACGUUUGGGUGUAAAGAUUGUGUGUCUAUCCAACAGGGAGCCACAGUAUUUAAAUUGACCAACCUAAUGUUACAACUACUUUGAGGUGGCCAAAUGUAAACUAAAAGCCUUAAUUAAAGUGGUGCAAUUUUGUAUAACUUAGCAUCAGUAGUUCAAUAAAUUUGGAUUGCCAUGCAAGGGCUUGCAUUAUAAUUACUUGCCACUUGAAUGUGUUUUGUGUAGUGUUUAACAGUGCUAGUAAAUAAAUAUGGGUUUAACUUCUUUUUA